AUGAAGAACAAGAGUUCGACAUCGUGGUGCAAAUCCCACAAUUCCUUGAUCAAAAUCUCAAAUUGUACACUACCCAAUUUCCCCAUUCAGAUUCUCCUCCUGGGUCUCUUUCAUUUCUUGAUCCCUGCAUCUUGUUCCCGGAAACCCCCACCUCUUCCAAUUUUGCCCCUCCCAACAGCGUUCCAGCUCCAAUGGCAACUGGGCGACAUGGCCCUCUUCUUCCACUUCGGCACCAACACCUUCACCGACACCGAGUGGGGUUCCGGCCAAGCCCAACCCUCCGUCUUCAACCCCACCAUUCUCAACGCAUCGCAAUGGAUAAACGUCGCCAAAGAUUCUGGCUUUUCGCGAGUAAUCCUCACUGCAAAGCACCACGACGGGUUCUGCUUGUGGCCCUCUGAUUACACAGACUAUUCCGUGCGUUCCAGCAACUGGAAGAACGGAAAAGGCGACGUCGUCGCCGAGCUCGCCGCCGCCGCCAAGGACGCCGGCAUCGGCCUCGGACUUUACCUUUCGCCGUGGGAUCGCCACGAGAAAUGCUUUGGUGACACUUUGCUGUAUAACGAGUUCUACUUGGCCCAAAUGACUGAGCUACUCACUAGGUAUGGAGAGAUUACUGACAUUUUUUUGGAUGGAGCAAAAGGGGAAGGGGAGAAGGACAUGAAAUAUCUCUAUAAAAGCUGGAAUUCUCUGAUUCACCAAUUCCAACCAGGGGCCAUUAUUUUUUCUGAUUUGGGUCCUGAUACAAGGUGGGUUGGUAACGAAUAUGGUGCUGCUGGCUCCACUUGUUGGUCUCUAUACAACAAAACAGGCUUUGAAAUUACUAAAAUUGAUAAUCAAUACAAUAGCGAGGGAGACCAAUUUGGUCCCGACUGGCUUCCGGCUACAUGUGAUGUCUCUAUAAGACCCAGUUGGUUUUGGCAUGCUUCAGAACUUCCAAAGUCUGCAAGGAUUCUACUUGAAAUAUAUUAUAAAUCAGUUGGUAGAAACUGCCAGCUCUUACUGAAUGUGCCCCCAAACUCCUCCGGUCUUAUAUCAGAUGAGGAUAUCCAAGUUCUUCAAGAGUUCACUGAACUUCGGAGGUCCAUAUUUUCUCACAAUUUAGCUAUAAAUGCUGUUAUUAAUGCCAGCAGCAUAAGAGGGGGGAUUCAAGAUACUCACUUUAGUCCCUACAAUGUUCUUAUAGAAGGUAUAUACACAUAUUGGGCUCCCGGGGAGAACCAAUCUAAGUGGAUAUUGUACAUAAAUCUCCAAGAACUAGUAUCAUUCAAUGUUUUGCAAUUACAAGAGCCUAUUCACAUGGGACAGAGGGUGAUUGAGUUUCACCUUGAGGCAUUGAGCCAAGAUGGUGUAUGGAUGAGAGUUGUAAAUGGCACCACAAUCGGAUAUCAGAGGCUGUUGCUUUUUCGAAAACUGAAGUCUCAGUAUUUGAAGCUAGUUGUUGACAAGUCACGCGCAGACCCAUUGAUAUCAUACUUAGGAAUCUACAUGGAUUCUGUUACCGUUUUGAGGGACAUACCUGACAAAAAAUCAGGGGCCUGUUUCAAUGGAAGUCAACUUCUGCAGACCACCACAGGCAACAGUUCCCUAAAUGCUGUAAUGUAA